AUGCCUCAAGACACGCUGAUUCCGCCUACCACGCUGGUCGCUGGUUACACGAGAAUACCGGCUAGAUAUCACACGCUUACCCUCACAAUGCCUGUUGUUCCUCGCGCGAAGCGCAAUCCUCGCAUCCAGGCUCGUGAUGGCGACACGAAGACUCCAGAGCGGUCUGGAUUCAAGCUGAAAUUGAAGAACCCAGACUUCAAGCGCCAUACUGUCGCCAUUCCAGAGAAUAAAAGAUUGCGUCUUCUCGCAGAGAUUGCGAACCGCAUUCUUUUCUGGUUUCUGAAGGACACUAGCGACCACCCCAGCAUCAAGAUCGACGGUACCAGUAAAGCGGCAGGCUCUGGAGAUGCGUACAAGAAGCAUUUCAAGAUCCUGUCCUUUAGUCGUGCCUGGCGCAAGACAAAUGCUAUAGAGAUCCACUACUAUCUCCCAGAAAGACUGCUCAGAGUCCCUGCAAACAUCGGUUUCCGGCCACCAAACAUUUCUCGUGCUAGUUAUGCUCUUCUCAAGGUUCCGGACAUCCUGCGCGAGUCUAUUGUGGAGAUAUCGCUCUUCUGCACCCGCGAUCUCUCUAUUUAUUCGGUCACGGAGUCUGCGUACAACUUCAUCAGCAAGCGCAAGACGACCUACAACACUCAAAAGCUUUCCAUAUUUAUCCAAGACGGAGAGAAGAUGCGCUGUAGUAAGGAUCUAAGAGGGUUAGGCAGGGAAGAUCCAAAACUUCGUCAAGCGUUGCUUCUUAAUCGCCAACAAUAUGCACGUUAA